UCCAUCUUUUCUAUUUUCCUUUGAAAGGGUUUUUGAUGACACGGAAGUGUACGGUACGUAAUUGUUAUUCUGGAUAUAGAAUCACACGGCAUCGGAGAGGAAGUGACAAGAGAAAGGGAAAGGUAUCGGUAUUUAGCUUUCCACGCGAAUGUGCAUUGCGAAAGAAGUGGCUGGAAGCAAUCAGACGAGGUGUAAAAGAAUCAUACCCUAAAAUUGGUGGGGUUUGUGAGCUCCACUUUUCCAGUGAUGACUUUUGUGUCACUGCCACGACAAGAAGAACCGACCGUCAGCGACGGCGCCUCAAGCCAACCGCAGUUCCAACAGUGCUCCCACCCCGGGACAAGAAUGAGAGCGGACAGGAGACUCCACGACCCACUAUACGCGCGACUCCAACAGCACGAAGGCUGCUGCAAAGAGAACUGUGGGAGGAACAGGCCGCAUCCAUGUUUCGUUCCGAGAACGUGGCAUCUCUUACCGACAUGGUGAGAAAGCUCUCUACGGUGGACCUGCCGACUGGGUACCGGCUCGUACAGAUGCAUGUUCCUGAACUUCAGGAGGACAUUGUGACGAUCAGAAUGGAGGCAUUUGACACAGAUCAAGGUAUUCCAGUCAUCGUACGAAACCUGACGAUCUACAGUGAUCUUCGUUUCCGUUUGUACGCAGCCGGGAGCGAGUUGCCUACUCUCAGGGCAGCUGAUCUGACAAGCGUUCCCGGGAGCUUCGAAACGACGACUGAGGUCCUGAACGUGCUGGCGUUCCUCAAGGCACAGUCUUUGAAAGAUGGCAACGUGAUGACUGCACUGCAUUUUCUGCAGAAAAUCAGCACGGACGAUGCAGCUGGAUCAUGCGGUACUUUUGGGGAGUUCGCCGCUGAACAGCUGCAACUCCGACUCAGUCCAGCAAAAAGGAGGAGGUACAGCACGACACUCAUGUCCACUGCAGUGGUGUGGAGCCGAACGAGUCCCCGACUGUAUGAAGACAUGCGCAGCUCGGGUCUUCUGGUCCUGCCACACAGAGUCACUCUCCGGAGACUUACGUCAGCACUAAGCGUGCAAGAGGGACUGGAGAUCGGGACCAUCAAGUAUUUGGAGAUGCGGGUCGCCAAGUUGUCUCCAAGAGAACGGCUGGUAAAUCUGGCCAUGGACGAGGUUUACUGUGCCACAGCACUCGAUCUGGCGGGAGGAAGACUGCAUGGGGAGAGCAGCGGAGAAGCAACAGCUGUCGCCAGUACCUUGUUCUGCACCCACAUUUCGUCGGUUGCCGGGAACUACGAGGACUUGGUAACCACGUCGCCAGUCACCCACGUCACAACCCAAGAAAUGAAGAGAAUCUUCCAAGUCCUGCGAUAUCUCACCCAUCUUGGGUACCGUGUAGUGUCCGUUACAACUGACGGACACAGAACAAACCAAGCCUUCCAUCGAGCGCUUGGAGAAGAUGGGAGGCAUCAGGAGUAUAUCCUGAAUCCCUGGAGUCCACACAGUGAUGACAGGAUAUACACCAUGUACGGUUCUCCAGGGCAUUAGUCGUUGGUCGC